AUGGAAGCAGAAAACCAAACAGGAAUUUCAGAGUUCAUCCUCCUUGGAUUCUCUGAGGAACCAGAACUGCAGCCCUUCAUAUUUGGACUCUUCCUGUCCAUGUACCUGGUCACUGUGCUUGGGAACCUGCUCAUCAUCCUGGCCAUCAGCUCUGACUCUCACCUCCACACACCCAUGUACUUCUUCCUUACCAAUCUGUCCUUGGUUGACAUCUGUUUCAGUACCACCAUAGUCCCCAGGAUACUGGUGAACAUCCAUACAGAGAACAAAGCCAUCUCCUACAUGGACUGCCUCACUCAGGUAUAUUUUUCCAUGUUUUUUCCUAUCCUGGACACUCUACUCCUUACUGUGAUGGCCUAUGACCGGUUCGUGGCCAUCUGUCACCCCCUACACUACACAGUUGUUAUGAACCCCCGCCUCUGUGGUAUGCUGGUUUUUAUUACCUGGUUCAUUGGUGUUAUGACAUCUCUCCUUCAUAUCUUGCUGAUAAUGCAUCUGACCUUCUGUAAAGAUCUUGAAAUUCCACAUUUCUUCUGUGAGCUGACACACAUUCUCAAGUUGGCCUGCUCUGAUACCUUCCUGAACAGCACUUUGAUAUAUUUUAUGACUGGUGUUCUGGGUGUUUUUCCCCUCAUUGGGAUCCUUUUCUCCUACUCACAAAUUGCUUCAUCCAUAAGGAAGAUGUCCUCAUCUGGGGGAAAGCAAAAAGCAUUUUCCACCUGUGGGUCCCACCUCUCAGUUGUUUCUUUAUUUUAUGGGACAGGCGUUGCUGUCUACUUCACUUCUGCAGUGACUCACUCUUCCCAGAAAAUCUCAGUGGCCUCAGUGAUGUACACCGUGGUCACCCCCAUGCUGAACCCCUUCAUCUACAGCCUGAGGAACAAGGAUGUGAAGGGGGCCCUGGGAAGGCUCCUCAGCAGAUCAGCCUCUUGUCUGUGGUAG